CCUCCCCAAAGAGAUUCAUGUCCUAAUACCAGUAACUUGUGAAAGUGUUACCUGAUGUGGCAAGAGAGACUUUGCAGAUGUGGUUAAAUUAAGAAACUUGAGGUGGGGUGUUUAUUCUGGGUUAUCUGGGUGAAGCCAAUGUAAUCACAAGGGUUUUCAUAAGAGGCAGGCAAGACGGUCAAAGUCAAAAAGAGAAAGAUGACAAUGAAACAACCAGAAGCAGAGGUGAAGCACUAGCAGCCAAGGAAUGCGGGCAGCCUCUAGCAGUUGGAAAAGGCAAGGAAGCAGAUUCUCCCCCAAUGUCUCCAGAAAGAGUGCAGCCCUUUCAACCCUCAGAACCAUUAGGGAAUACAUGCAGGCGUUGAUAAGCCGCUAGGUUUGUGGUCAUUUGUUACAGGAGCAAUAAGAAACUAAUACAGAGACUAACUCUCACACCGCGUGAUUCAACAUUAUUUAAUACCGUGCCCAGGUAUCAGCUAAAAUCUUCCAUAGUGCCAGAGCUGUGUACCCUACACUUGGGAAACACUGCCUAACGAACUCCAAGGCAUCCAGGGAAAUGGUAGCCACGGAUUAAAACAACUGCAGAAGAAUUUAGGCCUGAGGCAGAGAAGCUGCUUGCUAAAAUGGUAGCUGAUUAUAGGGGAAGCUCUGCGUGGCCAUUGUUGACUUCCCCCUCUCCUUCAGCUUCUCUUUAUACUGGAGCAUCUGAGCUGAGGAGACAGCAUUCCUGAAUCAGCCCUCCUCCAGCCAAUGGACUCUGCACUGAGCUUGUUUAAUUUGCUUCAGAAUUUGGAGAAGAAGUUACAGCUGGACAGUAUACGAGUUUUUAAACCUACAGAUUCUUCUGACUUAUAGAAUCAGCUGUCAUAUUGCCAGGAAAAGAUAAAUGCAGAUGUUGGACCAUGUCAAAAAUCUUGUCAAGAGUGUGGAUUGUCUCACACAGAACAGAGAUGUGGCUUCUGAUUCUGGUGGCAUACUUGUUCCAAAGAAAUGUGAAUUCAGGACACAUGCCAACAAAAGCUGUGGACCCAGAAGCAUUCAUGAAUAUUAGCGAAAUCAUCCGACAUAAAGGCUAUCCCUGUGAGGAGUAUGAAGUCACGACAGAAGAUGGGUAUAUCCUUUCCAUUAACAGGAUUCCUCAAGGCCUGGUGCAACCUAAGAAGACAGGUUCCAGGCCGGUGGUGUUACUGCAGCACGGCCUGCUUGGAGAUGCUGGCAACUGGAUUUUCAACCUGCCCAACAACAGCCUGGGCUUCAUGCUGGCGGAUGCUGGUUUUGAUGUGUGGCUGGGGAACAGCAGGGGAAACACCUGGUCUCGGAAGCACAAGACCCUCUCCGUAGACCAGGAUGAGUUCUGGGCUUUCAGUUAUGAUGAGAUGGCGAGGUUUGAUCUUCCUGCAGUCAUAAACUUUAUUUUGCGGAAAACAGGUCAAGAAAAGAUCUAUUAUGUCGGCUAUUCACAGGGCACCACCAUGGGCUUUAUUGCAUUUUCCACCAUGCCAGAGCUGGCUCAGAAAAUAAAAAUAAAUUUUGCUUUAGCACCCAUAGCUACUGUUAAACAUGCAAAAAGUCCUGGGACCAAAUUUUUGUUGCUGCCUGAUAUGAUGAUCAAGGGAUUAUUUGGCAAAAAAGAAUUUCUGUACCAGACCAGAUUUUUCAGACAGGUUUUUACUUACCUUUGUGGUCAGAUGGUUAUUGACCAGAUUUGCAGCCGUGUCAUGUUACUCCUGGGAGGAUUUAACUUGAACAAUAUGAACAUGAGCCGGGCAAACGUGUAUGUUGCUCACAGUCUUGCCGGAACAUCUGUGCAGAACAUCCUGCACUGGAGCCAGGCAGUGAACUCUGGGGAACUCCGGGCAUUUGACUGGGGCAGCGAGACCAAAAAUCUGGAGAAAGGUAAUCAGCCAACUCCCAUAAGGUACAAAGUGAGAGACAUGACGGUCCCCACAGCCAUGUGGACUGGAGGUCAGGACUGGCUUUCAAAUCCAGAAGAUGUGAGAACACUCCUCUCCGAGGUGACCAACCUCAUCUACCAUAAGAACAUUCCUGAAUGGGCUCAUGUGGAUUUCAUCCUGGGCUUGGAUGCUCCUCACCGUAUGUACAAUGAAAUCAUACAUCUGAUGAAGCAGGAAGAGACCAGUCUUUCCCGGGGAACUUUUAGUGUCAGCUUGUGAAGCAUCUGAUACUGACCAGUCUUAGGAAAAAAAUCUCAUGGAAGAUGGGGCUUGAGUCCAUGAAUGGAGGAUUUUAAAGAUUUCCGCCAUUGGAAACCUAUAGUAUGAGUAGGAGGGAGGUGGAGGAGGGAGAGCAGAGAUGCAAUGUACAUUCCUUCAGGUUUUCUGUAUUUGGCACUAAAACUGACAUUCAAAUUUUUUUCAGUUAAUUAAACUACUCAUUGGGUGAACAGAGUUUUCAUGUGUUAUUAUGUAUUCUGCCAUCUUGAAAGGUAGGUUUUACCUGACAACUAGAAAAAUUAUCUAGACAUUCUUUAUAUUAUUCAACUAAAGGUUCUUAAAACAUU